AUGGAGAAGAAUCUGGAGAAGGGAAUUGCCAUCAUUCGAAACCUGGCGCAAAAAUACAAAAAGACCAUUCUGCAGCGGUUAAACCCCAAGACGCAGAAAAGCAUCAACAAAAAAAAAAAGAAAAAGAAAAAAACAAACAAACGCACACACACAUUUAACAACUUGCAAAAGAAACAAAAUGACAGAAGAAAGGGAAAGGAAGAUAAUAAAAUGAAAAAGCUAGACAAUUAUCUGAUUAACCAGGAAAACGAAUUGGAUUUGCAAGAAAACUAUUCCUUGUUUGGCAGCAAAUUUAAUGCUCAUGCGGAUGACCUUUUUUACUACAACCCUCAAGAGGAUAAAAUGGCAACCCACUUAAUAAGCAAAAAGGCAGAAGGAAAGAAUAGUGAAAGUAAUAAGGACACCCAGGUUAAGGACAAUUUUGUCGAUUCUUUGAAUUCACUCAAAUUUAAAAUUAAACAGGAAAUUCAAGAAAAUAACGAUCUGCUGUCUCUGCAAACGCGUAACCUGCUAAGACGACAGAGCAGUAAAGAACAGAUGAAAGGGAACAGCUUCAGCUGCGGGUCAAAGAGCAUUGCUAUCCCAGGGAAUAACCCCAACAAAAGGGCCCUUAAAAAGACAAACGGUCCAAAUACAGAACACAUAGAUAAUGUAAGCACCAAAAUGAAAAAAAUGAGAAACUGCUCUGAAGCGGAAGGAACUGUUAGUAACAACUGUGGACAAACAUCUAGCACUUCCUUCCCCCACCAAAUGGGAGAUAAUAAGGCAAAGGAAGCAAACGCACUUCCUGCCAAUUCUGGACAAAUAAUCGAUGAUGUCCUUUUCCAAAAAGACGAAUUGUUAGCUGAAGGGGAAAGUAACACCUUAGUGUUCGGGAAAAACAAUUUUGAAAGCUUUAACAAAAUUGUUGAAGUUUCCAGGAAGGAAAAGGAGCAAGGUAAAAAUGAAAGGAUGGGCAAAGCUGAGAAGGAAUUAUCUGCCCAAUUUAUCCAGCAAGGCCGAAACGAGCAACCUAUUUUGAACCAACUGGAGGAAUCCUGCGCAGAUGAUUUUUUUAAAGAAGAUGAAAAUAAUCAACAAAAUCACGUAACGUCAGAGCAGAACGGCCAAAGUGACUUUCCAGGAAGCGGCGGAAGUCGUCUUCGCACAGUUAACCCAGACGACGUUGGGCACCUCACAGAAAGCGCGCAGGGGGGAAAGGCAGGCCAGAAAAAUAUAUCCACUCCAAGGGAUGAAAACCCUGAGUUUGACUUUUUCCAGGAUGCAGCGACGCCCUUAAAGGAGGACAACUGUUUUGAUUUAUUCUUUAACGAACCCAUGGCAACUCCAACCAUAUUUCAGAGGAGAAGGCAUUAG